GGAGUGGGAGUUGGCCCCGCCCCCUUCCCCGGCUGCGGGAGAGGCCCGGGCCAGAGUUUGCGGAGGGCCGAGCUGGGCGCGCACAGGGCGGCGGCGGCGCAGAUGAGGAAACUGAAGCUCCAUCAGAUGAAGUGACUUGCCUACAGCCACACAGCUGGAUCACUCUGGCUGCUGUGUUGACAAGAGAACGUGGGGGGCAAGGGCAGAAGCUGGAAGACUUGGAAGAGGCAACUGCAUUAGUCUAGAUCUCCUGGGCGCGCCCCCUCUUUCCGCUGCUCAUGCCGCUGGGACUGGGGCGGCGGAAAAAAGCGCCGCCUCUGGUGGAAAAUGAGGAAGCUGAGCCAGGCCGUGGUGGGCUGGGCGUCGGGGAGCCGGGGCCCCUGGGUGGAGGUGGAGCAGGAGGGCCCCAAGUGGGCUUGCCACCCCCUCCCCCGGCCCUGCGGCCCCGCCUUGUGUUCCACACCCAGCUGGCCCAUGGCAGUCCCACUGGCCGCAUCGAGGGCUUUACCAACGUCAAGGAGCUGUACAGCAAGAUCGCCGAGGCCUUCCGGCUGCCAGUUGCCGAGGUGAUGUUCUGCACCCUCAACACCCAUAAAGUGGACAUGGACAAGCUCCUGGGGGGUCAGAUUGGGCUGGAGGACUUCAUCUUUGCCCACGUCAAAGGGCAGCGCAAGGAGGUGGAGGUGUUCAAGUCGGAGGAGGCGCUGGGGCUCACCAUCACGGACAACGGGGCAGGCUACGCCUUCAUUAAGCGUAUCAAGGAGGGCAGUGUCAUUGACCAUAUCCAGCUCAUCAGUGUGGGCGACAUGAUCGAGGCCAUCAACGGGCAGAGCCUGCUGGGCUGCCGGCAUUACGAGGUGGCCCGGCUGCUCAAGGAGCUGCCCCGAGGCCGCACCUUCACGCUGAAGUUAACGGAGCCCCGCAAGGCCUUUGACAUGAUCAGUGUACGUGCAGGGGGUGGCCGCCCUGGCUCCGGCCCCCAGCUGGGCACUGGCCGAGGGACCCUCCGGCUCCGAUCCCGGGGCCCUGCCACAGUAGAGGAUCUGCCCUCAGCCUUUGAGGAGAAGGCGAUUGAGAAAGUAGAUGACCUGCUGGAAAGUUACAUGGGCAUCAGGGACACGGAGUUAGCGGCCACCAUGGUCGAACUUGGGAAGGACAAGAGGAACCCGGAUGAGCUGGCCGAGGCCCUGGAUGAGCGGCUUGGUGACUUCGCCUUCCCCGAUGAGUUCGUUUUUGAUGUUUGGGGUGCCAUUGGGGAUGCCAAGGUCGGCCGUUACUAGGCCUCCUGGUGGACCUUAGGAUGACCUGGGCCCAGCCUGGUGGGAGCCCCUGGGGUGGGGACACCACAGCCCAGACUCCAGCGUCCGGCUUUGGCCUGGCCCAGCAGCUCCAGGACGAUGCAGCUCGGAGGUGGAGCGGAGCUCCUGCCCCACUCCAACUGGUACCACCCCCUCUCUGGUUCCUAGCCUGGCUGGGGUCCCAGCUGCUCCCCCCACCCCACCCCCCAUUCCCCACCUACCUCAGCUAGUCAGGCGCGGGGAGAGAUGAGCCAGAUUGGGCAGCCAGCCCCCGCCCCUAACACUUUCCACAUCAGCUGCCAAACUGGUCCCUCUGUCUCCCUGGGGCCUCAGGUUCUAUUUGGGGGUCCUAGCCUCCCUGGUUUCCUGUUGGAAGGAAUCCAAAAGGGGGGUGUCCCCCUUCAGCAAAUGCAAUAAUACCCUCCCACCACCCCCCUCCAGAGGAGCCCCCUACCUCUGCAUUGAAACACAAGUCUGCUGUGAACCCCCAACCUCCCCGCCCCACCCCUGUGUCUCCUUCAGCCCAGCCUCGGACAGACUGGGCGGAAGGGAUGAUGGCGGUGGGCUUUUGUAUCUGAAUUUGCUGUCUGGAACAUAAAGACUCUAUCUGCUGUUG